GUCAAGUCACUUGACAGGUGUACCCGGAAGAAACGGCAUUUCGAAAAUGGCGUUCCACGUAAACAGCAACCCAAACAGAGGAAAGUAGAACUGACUUUCGUCUAAGUCACGACUGGACCGAGCUGCGAGACGGGCUCGGUGAUGCGUAUAUAACGGAAGAAUGUCAUCUGAAGUAAGGAUGAGCAGCGUGAGGAUGGCACGAGAGGACAGUGUGACGGAAGACUCUUACACCGAAAACCUCAUUGGUACAUUGUUAGCUAUCUUUGGGAACCUGUUAGUCAGCAUCGCAGUUAGCAUUCAGAAACAAAGUCAUGUGACAUUGGCGGGAAAUAAAGACCCGAGGCAAUACUACUACACUAAGACCUGGUGGUCUGGCCUGGUGCUGAUGGUUCUGGGGGAGGGCGCCCUGUUUGUGUCUUACGCAUUUGCUCCGCUCUCUCUCAUAGCUCCACUUAAUGCUGUGUCUGUCAUAACGAGCUCCAUCUUAGGUUUCCUGUUUUUGCGGGAAAAGUGGAAGGCACAGGAAUUCUUGAAGCGCUACAUCUUGACUUUCCUGGGCUGUGUCUUGACGGCGGGCGGCACGUACCUCUUUGUGACGUUUGGGCCGAACUCCCAUGAAAAGCUGAAUGCGGAGAACAUAGUAAAACAUGUUAUUGGCUGGCCCGUCCUCUUAUACUUGCUUCUGGGGAUCAUCACAUUCUGUCUAGUGCUGUAUUUCUACAAACGUCGGAAUGCAAACUACAUUGUCUUGAUUUUGCUACUGGUGGCACUACUUGGUUCGGUGACUGUAAUCACAGUGAAGGCGGUUUCGGGGAUGAUUGUGCUUAGCAUCUUGGGUCCUCUACAGCUGUCGUAUCCCAUAUUCUACGUCAUGCUUGUCUGCAUGGUGGCCUCUGUCGUCUUUCAAGCAUCAUUUUUAGCACAGGCAUCUCAUCUGUAUGAUUCCUGUCUAAUUGCCUGUGUGAAUUACAUUUUCUCCACAACAUUUGCAAUUGUGUCAGGAGCCAUAUUUUAUCAGGAGUUUAACCAUGAAGAUGUUCUGCACAUAUGCAUGUUUCUGUUGGGAUGCUCUAUGUGCUUUCUUGGAGUGUUCCUGAUCACUAAAAGCAAGAGGAAGGUCAAAGCCUUUGAGCCAUAUGUUACUAUGGACAUGGCAAAAGGUAUUCCAACCAUUCACAACAAAGGCUGGGCUGUGCAGCCUGACUAUAACGGCUCGUUUUCCUACGGAGCACUGCAGAACAAUGACAGUGUGGGUCCUGUAACACUCCCAGUGAACCAAGAGCUGUCAGCCUCUCCCAGUCCUGUUAGCCCGUACCAAUCAUCAGAGCUGAAGAAAGACUGAACGGAAAUGUGCCUGAAGUGCUAUUAAGACUGAUUUCAGAAUACAGUUCUAGAAUAUUGGACCAUUCUAGAACUUCUGUUUUCUCUCAUCUCAUCCUAAGCCAGGAAAGCAAGCUAGACCACAUGCUAGAAUUCAAAUAAGGACUUUCAUUAGUGGUGUUGAUUUUAUCUUGAGAAAUAUUGGCAUGUUAUCUUUGUAUGAUACUCAUAUCUGUAAUCAUGCUUUAAAUGUGCUGACUGACAUUCUGAUCACUCCCGGUCUCUUAUCAAAGCUCAUAUUACUAACCUAAAUAUACCUCAUAAGAUGUUUUGGAUUCUACUACUGCUUUGUACCAGCGGUACUGCAGCUGGUCCAGCUUUAUUAGCCAAAGACUAAUGUAGAUUGCACAAUUCCCAGCUAUAUACAAAUAUAUGUUUGCUACUGGCUUAAUAUCCUGUAUGCACCAGCUCAUACGUGUCUCAUUUUCCAUUUUCGGGCCUAAAGCUGUGCGGUGCCUAUUAUUUAUUCCCUGUGCCUGUCCGAAGCAUACAAAAUAGACUUUCUGUACAAAUCUGCAUGUUUAUAGGUAAUACAUUGAAUAUCAGAACACUGUUGGUGUUUGCAAUGUACUGUACAGAUGCAUUCUGUAAAACUUUAAGAAACACUGGUGGAUAUUUUGUCAUAAAUACCAUUGCUUAGUGCUUUUAUGUGGUAAAAUAUGUUAUUGUUGUUUUGGUUGUGUGGCUCUUUUUUAACAUUUAACACAAGUAAUCAUUAAUGCUGUAUUGAUUAAACCAUUGGCUGACUUUUUAUUGAACAAUAAUGGGAAAUCUGACUGUCACAUAAGCCACAUCAAUACACUGAGUUAUGUUUAAGUGCAAUUACUACUGUGUUGAGAUCAUGUAAAUUUAAUGUUCAUUUUUUUUUUUUUUUUAACCUAAUGUUUAUACUCUUACAACCAUUCCACAAUGACAAUCAUAAUGUCUUUAACCACAAUAAAGAAAAAAGACCAAUCUUCAGUCAGCAUACAAAUCCUGUUGAACCAAUAAUCUGCAGCUUUUUAAGACUGCUUGUUCAUUUAUCUGUAUUUAACACUGGAGUAUAUAUGUGGUUUAUUGCGGUUUUACAUAACUAAUGUAUUAAAACAUUGAAUCUCAA